UUCUCUCCCACUUGCAGAGCCAACCAAACCUUUUCUGUCUGCUCCCUACUGGCUGCUUAACCUUUUUCCCCACCAAGUCUUUCUUCCUCUUUCCUUUACUACAAGUUUGAAUUCUUUUUGGGUCUCUGAUUCUUCAUUUCCCAUAUGGAACGGGAUUUUCUGGGUUUGAGUUCAAAGGUUAGUUCAGCGACUAAGAAAGAGGAUACUACUGGUAAAGCGAACGAGCCAGUGAGGGGUUUAGGAAUGCAGUGGUCGUUUUCAAACAAGGUUUCUGCCGUUCCUCAAUUGUUGUCCUUUAAGACUUCUCCGGAAGAUAGGACAAGAAAGACCACAUCAUCAGCUGAUGCUUUUGACUCUAACCAGAAACCAUUCAUGGGUGGGAUCCAGAAAAGUUUGAGCAUGGGAAAACAAGUAGGAAAUGAACGUGGAAUGACAGUAUACCCUAUGCAACAAGUUGAUACACUUUCAGGCUACCAUCAAGAAGCCAGAACAUUUUCAGUCUCCAACCAGUCAAAUCAGAGGAGUCCUAUUCUCCAAUCUACUGUCAGUACCAAUGUUCGGAACAUGGUCAAUUCUGCCAUAAAACCACACCCUCAAGGAGGAGUCCCUCUGAUUGCCCCUGUAUCUGUUCUUCCAUCAAACGGUUACGUUGUUGGUACCACUGACUUAGGGAACUCGUCGAAACCCUCUGGCAAACCUACUCAGCUGACCAUAUUCUAUGCUGGUUCAGUGUGUGUUUAUGAAGACAUAGCUCCCGAGAAGGCCCAGGCUAUUAUGUUGCUGGCUGGACAUGGGAGUACUCCAAAUCAAAACAAAUCAGUGUCAACAGCUCCAGUGCAAACACCAAACUACAAGCCUUCUAAAGAUGAUGGGUUUAUUGUAAGCCAAUCCCACCAUUCACCUUUACCAAGUCCGAUUCCCAUGUCCUUCCAUGUUAGUUCUCAGCCUGUGGGAGGACCUCCUAGCACCAAUGAACCAGCAAUUGUGAGACCAGUAUCAUCUUCGGCUGCCCCAAGUUGCAAUCUGGAGUCUCCUAGUGUAGCUAGCUCUUCAAAAUCUGCAGCGACAAAAGUUGGUUCACCUGUGGACUUGCCUCAGGCGCGCAAAGCAUCCUUGGCUCGGUUCUUAGAGAAGCGCAAGGAAAGGGUGACAAGCACAUCACCAUACCACACAAACAAGAAAUCACCAGAAUGUGGCAAUCAAGGAACGGAUAGUAUUAGUUUCUCCAUCACAUCCACCGGUUCUUGUCCCCUACCUGCCAUGAACUAGCUAGCUAAGCCCUCAAGAAGAGCACAUAAAGUUUAUGUAUCAUGUAAUUUUGCAGUUCUAAGAUCAAUUAUUUUAAUAGCUAAAGUCCUUAGCAAUUUUGUCUUA